AUGUCAGAACAUACUCCCACCUCCACUACUAUAAACGAACGUGAAAAGGCUCAAUUGAAAGGAUACUUGGGAGGAUUGUUUUCAGAUGAACCAAUCAAUGAUCAGUUGACUUUGAAAAGAGUAACAGAUCAUUUUUUUAUUGAUUUAAUAGUGGAUCAUGAUUUUAGGCUUCCUGUCUCUGCAAAUUUAGAUUUGAAUGAAGGAAAACCCGAUGAAGUUAUCGUAGAGAGAAGACAAACUUUUAUUAACCAUUUGAUUGAACAAUUUGAAGAACAACCAGAAGCAAAAGGUAUCUUGCAUGGAUUGAUUACGAAAUAUGGGGAGAAAUUUUUCACUUUUUAUGUCGUUGCCUUGUUUGGUAUAUUUCGCGAAUUUUUCACCACAUUGGAUCAUAAACAAUUGGAAAAGAAACCGAAGAGAUUAGAUUUGGAAAAGUCUCUUUCUUCGUUCCAAGAUACCUACCAAGCAAAUUCCAAAUAA